AUGAUGAACUCUGGUGCAUCCCUCCAUUCUGUUAUUCUGAAAGCAUUCACAAUUUCCUCUACACUUUCAGUUCUUGUAAUAAGCAGUGAAGCAGCAGAUAUUCUGGGACAAGCAGUUUGCCCUUCUUUCUCUUGUGGACAUCUCCAAGACAUCCACUAUCCUUUCCGUUUGCGAGGUGAUCCACCUGGUUGCGGUGUUCAAGAAUACGAGCUAGUUUGUGUUGAUAACCAUGCUAUUAUUCAUAUCAACAGGGGAAGAUACCUCGUGACCAAUAUCUCAUACAGUGAGUCUAUUUUCUCGGUUAUUGAUGUCAAUUUGUACAACAGCAGUUGCCCUAUUCCUAAUAGGGAUCAUCCUUAUGUUUUUGGUAUGAAAUCGGCAAACAUGACCCUGUUCUAUCCGUAUGCACCUACAUGGGCUACCUUUGUGAGUUGUCCACGCAUCAUAAAGGACAAUGUUUUUUACAGGCCCGUUGCUUGCCGGAGUACAAACAGUUCUUUUGUAUAUGUCUUGACUUCAAUGUUCUCUUAUUCUGUUGGAAAUGUUCAGCCUUCAUGUAGAUACUUGGCCAUGACUCCUUUGGGUGGCGUGCGCAUAAAUGCACCAGAUAGUCUUAUAAGUUAUGAUUAUGAACAUGUUGUAAAAUUUAUGAGGACUGGUUUUGCUGUUCAAUUUCCUUUUAAAUUUCAAGACAGCCCCUGGGCAUAUUCUUGGAUCAUCAACACAUGCCUGAAUGAUUCAAUGAGCUACUUCUACAAACAGAUAUCUAGUACAAGCAUCGGAAAUCAGAGUUCUGCAAUUGUCGGUAUCGACAUCCAUUUCUUGAAAUGCCUAAAUGACUAUUCCUACCAGACUAAAUUAUUUUGGGCUGCGGUAGUCAUAAUAUCUGCUAUAAAUAUUAUGAAGUUCAUUAUUGUGCUUGCUAUAUUAUCGAGGCUUGCAUUUGCACCAUUGCUUGUGUUGACCUUCCUUGCCUACAAAUACUGGAAAAUGAAGAUAUCAGUUGAUGCGGUUGAGAAGUUCCUCCAGAUGCAACAAGCCUUUGGCCCAACAAGGUACGCUUACACAGACAUCACCGCAAUCACAAGCCACUUCAGAGAAAAGCUGGGCCAAGGAGGCUAUGGUUCCGUGUACAAAGGUGUUCUCCCUGGUGAUGUCCAUGUUGCCAUUAAAAUGUUGGUCAAUUCCAUGUGCAAUGGAGAAGAAUUCAUUAGUGAGGUGUCCACCAUCGGAAAUAUUCACCAUGUUAAUGUAGUGCGUCUAUUGGGUUUCUGCUCUGAGGAAAUGGGGAGGGCUCUUGUUUAUGAGUACAUGCCUCAUGGAUCGCUUGAUAAGUACAUCUUCUCGUCUGAGAAGAGUCUGUCCUGGGACAAGCUAAAUGCGAUUGCUUUGGGCAUUGCUAGAGGGAUUGAUUAUUUGCAUCGAGGAUGUGAUAUGCAGAUUCUACACUUUGACAUCAAGCCACACAACAUACUUCUUGACAGCAACCUCAUCCCCAAAGUUGCUGAUUUCGGUCUUGCCAAGCUAUACCCAAGGGAUAACAGUUUUGUGCCACUGAGCGCGCUACGCGGAACUGUUGGGUACAUAGCUCCUGAGAUGAUAUCUCGUAGCUUUGGCGUCAUAUCAAGCAAGUCCGACGUUUACAGCUUUGGGAUGCUGCUGCUAGAGAUGGCUGGAGGAAGACGAAAUGCAGAUCCAAAUGCACCGAACUCAAGCCGGGCGUACUAUCCAUCAUGGGUGUAUGAUAGCCUAACUGAACGAGAGGUGGAUGAGAUAUCACCUGCUGCUGACAUGCAUGAGCUAGAGAGGAAGCUGUGCAUUGUUGGACUAUGGUGCAUUCAGAUGAGAUCUCAUGAUCGGCCAACGAUGAGCGAGGCCAUCGAGAUGCUGGAAGGUGGUGUUGAUGACUUGCAAAUGCCAUCGAGGCCAUUCUUCUGUGACGAAGGGCACACCCACGUUGAGGAUUCUUAUCAUUUGUCAUCCGAGUUGACUGCAAUAUCCGAGGAGGAGAGCGAAAAUAUUUAUUUGUGA